AUGCGAUUUUUUGAACAAUUUAGAAUGAGAAAAUCAGUGUUUAACCAUUUAUGCAAUGAUUUGGUUCUCAAUUAUGGCUUGAAAUCCACACGAGAUGUUAGUGGAGAAGAGAUGGUAACAACAUUUUUAUACAUGCUUGGGCAAGGAGCUUCUUAUAGAAUGUUAGAGGAGCGAUUUCAGCAUUCAAGUGAAACUAUAUUUCGUCAAUUUCAUCAUGUUCUAUCAUGUGUGAAGAAAUUAGUAAAAAAUAUUAUUAGACCUAUUGAUCCUAGUUUUGGAGACACACCUAAAUAUAUUAUGGAUAAUGAUAGAUAUUGGCCAUAUUUCAAAGAUUGUAUUGGAGCUAUAGAUGGUUCUGCACAUGAUACAAGAAUUUUUAUGGAGGCUCUUCGAAUAAAAAAGCUAAAUUUUCCACAUCCACCAGAAGGUAAAUAUUACUUAGUUGAUGCUGGUUAUCCAACUUUUAAGGGAUUCUUAGGACUUUAUCGUCAUACAAGUCUUCAUAAUUUUAUAAGAAUGAUGGAUUCUGAUGACAUAAGUAUUUUACAAAAGUUUGAAGAUAUUGUUUCGUUACAAGCCAAUGAAGAUGACGGUACUACUGUAAAAAAUGGAUCAACAAAUUCUGAAAUUAAUGAAUGGGAAGAACCAACACAAGAAGAUGUUCGGGUAAUGGAAGAAAUAAGAGACAAUAUAAGAGAUCAAUUAUCGGAUCAAAUAAAUUAG